AUGACAAACUUAGAAAACAUCUGCGGUAAAUUUAACUCUUCAAUAGAGAAUAUGAAACUUAUAGUUUGCAAUGAACUUCAAAGUAUAGAUACAACAAAAGUUUUGAACUCAGAUGCUUUGAAGAGUCUUAUAACAGACAAAGUUGGAGUUGUUGAAAGAAAAUAUAAAGACCAAAGAGUUUGUGAAAAUGUUGCAAACUUCAUUAUGGUUUCAAACAAUGCUGUUCCGAUGAAGUUAGAAAGUUCUGACAGAAGAUAUGUAGUUGUCAGAACGUCAGAUUCUCAUAUGCAAGAUACAGAAUAUUUUGACGACUUAGCAGAAACUUUGACACCUAACUUUUACAACCACUUGUUCUCAUAUUUCAUGACAUUAGAUAUUUCAAAGUUCAAUCCAAGACAAAUUCCACAUACCGAAGAAAGACAAACAUUGUUAGAAGCAAACAAGAGUGUAUAUGAACUGUUCAUAGAAGAAAGCGACUUUGUGUCAUUAGAUGAAAGGUCAUUGUACGAUUCGUAUAAACAGUAUUGUCAAGAAUAUGGUUAUAUGACAGCUUCUAAACGAACAUUCUUGGCAAAUGUCAAAAAUCUUUUAGAUGUUCAGAAUGGCGUAUAUACAAAGAAAAAUUUUUCUGAGUAA